AUGGGUCGCGAAUUGCAAAAGAAGAAGGCCCGCUCCGGCCGCCAGCCUGUUCGUCAACUUAACAGAACCAAGAAGAUUCUCAACCCCCGAGGCAACGAUGCCAUUGCGAAGAACUGGAACAAGAAGGAGACCAUGUCUCAAAACUACCGUCGUCUCGGUCUCGUAGCCCGUCUCAAGGCUCCUACCGGUGGUGUAGAGAAGAAGCUCGGCGCAACCACAACCCGCGCAUACCCCAACGACCCUUUUGCCGUCGCCAGCAUCGAGAACGCCGUCGUCUCCGAGGCGCGUGUCGAGCGCGACGCCGACGGAAAGAUCAUUCGCAUCAUCGGUACCUCCAAGCCCAACCCGCUCAACGACCCGCUCAACGACCUCGACAACGACAGCGACGCUGAGGGCCCUGCUGAGGAAUGGGGCGGCAUUGAGGAUGACGAUGCUGAUGCAACUGAUGUUGUCAAGAGCCUGCUGGAGCAGAGCAGACAGCCCGAUCUGCCUAAGAAGAGACACCAGAGCUCCCGCGAGAAGGAGUGGUUGGAUAAGCUGGUGGCCAAGUAUGGCGAUAAUACGGCUGCCAUGGCGAAGGAUCGCACGCUCAACCCCAUGCAGCAGACGGCGUCGGAUAUUGCCAGACGACUCCGCAAGAUGAACCAGGAGUAA